AUGGCCAAAGCAUACACAGUUGAGAAGUUUGAUUACCACAUGGCAGAGGUAGAGAAAAUUGAUAAGAGGGUCAAAGAUUACUUAAUGAAUGUUGGGUAUGAAAGAUGGUCCAGAGCACAUUCCACUGUCAACAGAACAUUGACGAUGACUUCAAACAUUGCAGAGUCGAUCAAUGCAGCGUUCAAGGCUGCUAGGGAACUCCCAGUGAUCCCUUCGACAUGUUACUUAUAUUCAGUACUUGAUAAGGGUAAGCAGAGAAUGGUAUUCCUAAAAGAUCGAACUUGCAGCUGUAGAAGGUUUCAGUUGGAUGAGCUGCCAUGUGCACAUGCUUGGUCAGUAUUAAAAUACAAAUACAUUGAACACAUUGAGUAUUGCUCGGUGUACUACACCAGGAAGUACCUAUUGAAGGCCUAUGAAAUUCCAAUUUAUCCGGUUCUUGAUGAAAGCACAUGGAAAAUUCCUGCAGAAGUUCUAAACGAAAAAGUCUUGCCACCGGAGACUAAAACAAUAGGAAGGCCAAGGAAGGGGAGGUGCAAGCCAAUAUCUGAAAGGGAACGAGAAAGGUCGAUUUCAUGUGGACAGUGUGGAGAAGAAGGUCACAACAGGAAAACUUGUAGAAAUAAUCCAAAGAGAGGAUGA